AUGGAUGCGCAGAAUGCUGUCGAGUCCACGUACACGAAACAGGCCGCUUUGGAGAAGCGGGGAGUUGAGUCUGACGAUCUUAAGUCGACGGUGACAGCGAAUAAUACCACAACAAAUAACACGAAGCUUCCUUCUACCACAAAAUCCGCUUCCACAGACAAAAAUUCAUCAUGCGUGACAACACUUUCGAGUGCGCAGGACGAGGAGGUUAAUCCUGAGCAGAACUCCGAUGCAGAGACAAUCGUUCUCCCAGGGAAAGACGGUGUUUCUCCAAUAAAGCCAAGGAAGUUGAUAAAAUAUGAAGAUAAGAGCGAUGGCGACAUUGACGACGUUUUACCACCUCCGAGAAAACACCCCAAAGACGAUAGGGAUGGCGAUCGCACUGUUGGUCCUCCUAACGAUGCUGUUCUGUCUCUGGAAAGGAAAAAGGGACUGCUUAGAAAAGAAAAGCAGUCACGGAAUAAGGAUGCUUCCAGUGGCCUUAGCUCUGCUCCUGCAUCACCGCCUCCUCAUCGUCGUCAAAACAAUAACAUCGAGCAACCUUUUCGACGACGCAUAUCCGGUGAUGCUAAUUCGGAAUCUGGCUCAGAGUCGUCUAAGUCAAAGUCUAAAGACCCGAAGGAACCCAUUAAACAAAAGUCUAAAUCCGUAGAUAGGUUGUUGCAUACUAAGCGUAAGGCACCAAAAGCUGAAUCUGAGGAUGAAAGCGAGUCGCGAAAGGCUCGCCGGCCCCGCAUGUCAGACGCGAGCCUCGACAACAACACCAUCGCUAGGGAACGGGACCAAAGGUCCUCCACUCGUCCACACCAUGACAAAAUUUCCACUCGAAAUCGAUCACCUUCACCGCAAGGCCGUGCUCACCGACGUAGCUUAUCGACUCAACUUCCUUCCCAAUCUUCAAAUGGCUUCAGCGUAAAGAAAAGACGCAUCCCUGCUCCUCUUCAAUCAACAGAUUAUCAUUCUGACGAUUCAUCUGCCAGUGGCAGUCCGCAUCCCCGAAGCUCCAAGUUGAGGAGCAUUGCUACUCCUGUCACUGGUGACUCAACAAUAUCGCCUGCGAGGAUGCCACCUCACAGAAAACACGUUGACAAUCAUGGGCAGACUUUACUUGCCAAGGCUUGUGCUAAAGGCGAGUAUGAAGUUGCUAAGAAACGGUUGACUGAACGUCCAGAUGAUCUGAACUUUGCCGAUUACGCCGGGAACACACCUCUUCAGGUUGCUUCGCUUAAUGGCCAUGAACAGAUUGUGCAACUUCUGAUUAAUGCGGGGUGUAAUUUGGAUUGUCGGAACAGUGACAAAGAGACGCCACUCCUAGACGCUGUGGAAAAUGGCCAUCUUGGUGUCGUUCAGUUAUUGUUGAAAGCUGGUGUAAAUCCCCGCAAGGCAGAUGCCGAGGGACACGAACCGUUGGAGAAAGUACCUGAUGAUCUGGAGAAUGCAGAAGAGAUCCGGGCUGCAUUAAGAGAAGCGAAGGAAAGGGUGGGGGAGCUACGACGAACCUCUGAGGACCAUCCACCCAAUGAUUUACAAGAUGCUCUCUCUUCUCUUGGACCCGAAAGCCCUCGUCGUUCCCCCACAGCAUCUGGCAGUGGCGCAUUGGCAGCUCAACGUCGUGGUGGUGCUGUGCGAUCGACCAAGACAAGCAAUCAUCUCUUGUACAUGAAUCUUGACGACAAGACCCUUAGGCAAGCCGCCGCGCGAGGCGAUAACGAGACGGUAACCCGCGUGCUCCAAGUCAAAGAACGAUGUGACGACCCUGAAGCCCUGGUCAAUGCAGCCCGUGGCGGACAUAGUCUCGUCGUUGAACUCCUCUUGGCUUUGGGAGGUGCAAACGCUGAUCCACGGCCACUUUCAAGUCUUCCAAUCGAAUAUGGAACACCAAUGUUGGCUGCUAUUGGUGGAGAAAAUAUCGAGGUUAUUAAACUGCUUCUCAAUGCAUCUAACUUCGACCCAACACGCCGGUACAAGGGCCAGACUUAUUACGAGAUAGCCAGACGUCGAGAAGGUCCUGCGUGGAAAGAGGAGGAGCACAUUCUGAAAAAUGCUUAUGAUGACUAUAAGAAAGCAUCAAAAUCUUCGAAAAAGUCUCGGGACCGUGAGCUAGAUCAAGAAUUUCGACGUACUAAUCGAACAGAGACCAGUUUAGACUCUGCUCGGUCGCAUAAGCGCAAGCCAUCAAGCCCCCCUCGCGAUACUGAUUCAAAGAAGAAGGCGGCCUCUACUAAAGUUUCUGACCCAACUCGCAAAGUCAAAAUUGGUAGAGUCAGACCAAGCUUCUGA